UGGAAUAGCUGCCUUGAGGGACGUGAGGCUGAGGGUUGCAUAAAAGCUCAAGGGAACUCUGUCCAUCACACUCAGGACCUGCUUCCUUCCACUUAACCUCCACCAGCCUCUUGCGCUCCCGCUGGCACCAUGCUGAGGAAGGCCCUGAUAGUCACAGCCUGGUUUACCUUGGCUGUGGCUUACCCUGUAAUACUCCCGGAGUCCUCCGCCAUCCUGGAGUCAUCUACUUACCCAGAGUCCACUGUCACCCCAGAGUCCCCCACCGACCUGGAGUCAUCCACCACCACAGAAUUCACUGCCACCUUGGAGUUGACCACUGACCCAGAGUCCCCCACCGACCUGGAGUUGUCCACCACCACGGAGUCCACUGCUGCCCUGAAGUUGACCACUGACCCAGAGUUCUCCACCGAUCUGGAAUUUUCCACUGACCUGGAGUCCUCCACCGACCUGGAGUUUUCCACUGACCUGGAGUCCACGGCCACCCCAGAGUCAACCACUGACCUAGUCUCCAUUGGUGUAGAAUCGACCACGGAUGUGCAUCUUGAGAACACACCAACCUUUGAAUUAUCUACUGAAGUGGAAUCAAACACUGAUAGCUCUGAGGAAGCAACUGCUGAGGCUACAGAAAAUGUCACUGCCACUUACUCAGAAGAGCCCAUGACUAGAGGACCAGAAGAGCCCAGCACCUCCGUGGGAAGCAAUGAGUAUGUCUAAGUACCUUUUUAAAAUGAAGCAGAUUUUCCAUUAGUUGUGACCAUCACCCUUCUAACCACAACUUUCUGAGAAGAUUCUGAGCUUCUGAACAAGGCUUCCACCCCAUUAUUGGAGAUUGAAUAUUGUAAAGGCCUAGAUGUACCUGUUGAAGAUAAACAGAGUGACAGGAGUUGUACCCACACAAAGGAGGGGUGUCUUUUAACAGUGUCCCAUUUCACAGGGGCUCAAUAAAUGUUGAUUAGAAUUGAA